GCCCGGGCCCGGCCGGCCGCGCCGGGGGCCGCCGCGCUCGCCCGCUGUCCCGCCGCCGGCCGCGGUCGCCGCCGACAUGGACACCAAACAUUUCCUGCCGCUCGAUUUCUCCACCCAGGUGAACUCCUCUUCCCUCAACUCUCCCACGGGGCGCGGUUCCAUGGCCGCCCCCUCGCUGCACCCCUCGCUGGGGCCCGGUAUCGGCUCCUCGCUCAGCUCCCCGGGACAGCUGCACUCACCCAUCAGCACCCUGAGCUCCCCCAUCAACGGCAUGGGCCCGCCCUUCUCGGUCAUCAGCUCCCCCAUGGGCCCCCACUCCAUGUCAGUGCCCACCACGCCCACCCUGGGCUUCGGCACUGGCAGCCCCCAGCUCAGCUCGCCCAUGAACCCCGUCAGCAGCAGCGAGGACAUCAAGCCCCCACUGGGCCUCAACGGUGUCCUCAAAGUCCCGGCCCACCCCUCAGGGAACGUGGCCUCCUUCACCAAGCACAUCUGUGCCAUCUGUGGGGACCGCUCGUCAGGCAAGCACUACGGGGUGUACAGCUGCGAGGGCUGCAAGGGCUUCUUCAAGCGGACGGUGCGCAAGGACCUGACCUACACCUGCCGAGACAACAAGGACUGUCUGAUCGACAAGCGACAGCGCAACCGCUGCCAGUACUGCCGCUACCAGAAGUGCCUGGCCAUGGGCAUGAAGCGGGAAGCUGUGCAGGAGGAGCGGCAGCGGGGCAAGGACCGGAAUGAAAACGAGGUGGAGUCCACCAGCAGCGCCAAUGAGGACAUGCCAGUGGAGAAGAUUCUGGAGGCGGAGCUGGCCGUUGAGCCCAAGACCGAGACGUACGUGGAUGCGAACAUGGGGCUGAACCCCAACUCGCCCAACGACCCCGUCACCAACAUCUGCCAGGCAGCGGACAAGCAGCUCUUCACCCUGGUUGAGUGGGCCAAGCGCAUCCCGCACUUCUCUGAGCUGCCCCUAGACGACCAGGUCAUCCUGCUGAGGGCAGGCUGGAACGAGCUGCUCAUCGCCUCCUUCUCCCACCGGUCCAUCGCCGUGAAGGACGGGAUCCUCCUGGCCACCGGGCUGCACGUCCACCGGAACAGCGCCCACAGCGCCGGGGUGGGCGCCAUCUUUGACAGGGUGUUGACGGAGCUCGUGUCCAAGAUGCGGGACAUGCAGAUGGACAAGACGGAGCUGGGCUGCCUGCGCGCCAUCGUCCUCUUCAACCCUGACUCCAAGGGGCUCUCGAACCCCGCGGAGGUGGAGGCGCUACGGGAGAAGGUCUAUGCGUCCCUGGAGGCGUACUGCAAGCACAAGUACCCCGAACAGCCUGGAAGGUUCGCCAAGCUGCUGCUGCGCCUGCCCGCUCUGCGCUCCAUUGGCCUCAAGUGCCUGGAACAUCUCUUCUUCUUCAAACUCAUCGGGGACACGCCCAUCGACACCUUCCUCAUGGAGAUGCUGGAAGCCCCACACCAAAUGACUUAGGCCCGCCGGCCUGUCCUUCGCGCCCGCCUGCCCGCCGGUCUGGCCACCCCACCUGGCUGCCAGCUGCUCUUCUCUGCCGAGCCCGUCCCUGCCCCUUCCCCGCCUGGCCUGCUGGGACGCGGGGGCGCAGCCGCUAAGCCCGAGAGUCCUCGACGCCUCCUCACGUUCAGUGCGGCUCAGCUGGUCGCCGGCCCCGCCCUGGAGCUGUAGCAGCCGCUGGUGUUUGGAACACCCUGAGCUUCCCCCCCUGUGUUUGCAGUGACCCCUCGGCUGCCUGGCAGGUGCCCCGGCCAGCGCACCCUGGCCAGCGUCCGUGGCAGGGCUCAAAGGACCCCGCCUGUGCCGCCCCCGGCCCCCGGGGCAGAUGAGAGGGGCUCUGGGGCAGCAGGCUUCCCUCCCCUCCCAGUGAAGGGCGAGCAGCCCCUUUUCCAAAGAUGACUUGCAGUUUCACCCCCGAGCCGACCAGAACAGGAGCUGACCCCCGUGCAGGGCUCUGGGGCCACCUCAAAGCCGCAGGGACUGGGGUCACCCACCUCCCCACCUCGGUGUUCCCUCUGCAUCAGCCUGGUUUCAGCUUCUUGGCUCACGCAGCCCCGUCCGCCCCAGGGUCACCAGACCCAGUGCGCGGCCCGUCCUCCGUUCCGUGUUCUGUUUCAGCCUGGCAGGAGGGGCAGGCCAGCGCCCGGUCCCCGGAGGGCUAGCCCGCUUCCCGGCCUUCCUAGAAGUCCCGGGCCAGGCCGCUGUGACUCAGCUGACCUCACAGGCAGAGGAGGCCGCUGGGGAGGCCCGCGGGGGCGAGGGGGGGGGCCUUGGAGAGCCAGAAGGGCUUGUGGGCACCGAGGCCUGGCAGGAAGGGGCAGGUGCGGCUGCUUCCUGGAGAUGCUGGGAGAGCAGCCCCCUUUGCUGGCCAGCUGCUCCGUGUAGGAGGCUCUUGGAAUUGGGGACCGGUGUGAGCCGGCAUCCUCGGGCCUGCGGCUAGAUGCCCCUCGGGGCAGGCAGCCCGGCUGCCGUCUUGUCUGGGCCACAGCCUUAUGUGGGGCUCCAUCAGACACUCGCUCCGGCUGAUGGCUCCCAGGCCAGCCCAGCACCUGCUUCUGUAGCAUCUCGGCCGCCCCGGGCAGGGACACUGCCUCCUGGGGGGUGAGGCUCCGGGCUCCGGGGGUGCAGGGGCUCUCUCAGGUUGAACCGGCUUCUUUUGCACUGUAAUGCCCUCCCUUUGGUCUGAGUACUUUCAUUCUCACGCCUCAUACUCCAUGAACCCAGCGUUUGCCACCGGCGGGGGCCCGAGCAGGGAUUCACGGGGGGUGAGGGUGGGGAGUGUGCUGGCGGCUCCUGCCUGUUUGGCCCUCGAGGGGAUGCUCUGUAGCCCUGGGGGGGGGUGCAAGGGCGCCCCAGGAGCAGGGUGGGGAGAGGCAGGCAAGGCCUCCAUGGGGAAGUAGGUGUCGUUCUUUGCCUUCCCAGAGCCCCCGGCCCAGCUGGAAGGUGAGGCUCCAGGCAGAGGCCCUGAGGUGGCACGAAACCCCCCUUUAUCCACCGGUCACCUGCUUGUCACAUGGGGAGGUGGCAGAGGCAGGGUGUGCUAGGGUCGGCCCAGCUCCCAGGCACUCCCCAAAUUCUCGGCAGCCUUUGGGGGCUCCGUUGUGACAAGCAGUGAUGGAGGCACUCUUGGGGACUCUGUCUCGGGGUCCCCCCAGUUGUGGGAAUGGCAGACUGCCCCGCACCCAGUGCCCCUGGUGUCUCCUGCACCCCGUCAUUCCGGCCCCGCCCCCUUGCACCCCCUCGGGAAUGGGGGCCCUUGCCUCUUCCUGGGAACUUCAGUCCGUAAAGCACUGGGGCCCCCAGGCUACUGCCUUGCCAGCCGAAGCCCCCAGCCCCUCACCCCCCCCCACCCCCAGCCCACAGGCACAGCAUCCCGGGCCCUCGGGGCUGCCCUUCGCUCUUCAUCUGUCUGUUGCCCUUGGCAUCCAUCCAGUGCUGUUCGAGGAGGUUGUAAAUGGGGAGAUGGCACAUUGCUCAGUAGAGAGGUAGGAUUUUUAUUUAACCAGACCUUUAGUAGUAUUACCAAUCUGGUUCAAUUAAGGUGAUUUUUUUGUAAUUAUUAUUAUUAUUAUUAUUAUUAUGGUGGGACAAUCUUUAAUUUUCUAAAGAUAGCACUAACAUCAGCUCGUUAGCCACCUCUUGCCCGUCCCUGCCUCGGCCGGGCUGGACGCUGCCCGGGCCCCGGGCCCGCAGGCGCCUCUGGCCCUCGCUCCGCCGACUCGCCGCCCCGCUCUGACAUUCCCACGGGGUUCCCACCGCAGAGGCCCACGGCCCACGUCUGCGGGGCGUCAGCAAAGCCAGGCUCCGGCUUGCCCCCACGUCAAGCGUCUCCUGGGAAGCCAGCCUGCCCUUGUCACCUGGAAGACACGGUCUCUGGGGGAAGAUGGCCCCACACCCUCGGCCUUCCAAGCCUCGGUGUUCUAGAGGAUUUGAGCUGGCGGCCCCGCGGCAAGCGUGGGAAGCCAGGCCAGAGCUCCCUCCUCUGUGGGGGCCCCUCGGAGGGCCCGGCCGGACAGUGCCGCCAGUGGGUAACCAGCUGAUGUUGUCCCCAUCACGGAAUUCCGGCGCAUGGCCUGGUCCCUGGCCACGCAGGGGUGUGGUGUGAAGUGUCCGUGCUGUACAGAGAGAAACCGCCAGAGCCGCACGCCGCCGCCACACAGCACACGCGUAGCAGUCAACACCGUUUUGUUUUCAUUUUUAGUCCAGACUUUCCCCCUCCUCCCGGUUUCCUACACGUUUGCUUCACGUAAGCAAGUAAUAAGGACCCUCCUCUGGUGAAAUCCGGUUCGAAUGAAUAUCUCAAGGCAAGGAGUGCAUCUAUUUUAAGAUGCUUUGGAGCAAGCAGCUUUACUGGCCCCCAAUCUGUAGCCACGCCUUAGCUGGGACGCGUAGCUAACGAUUUAGAAAGGUUGACGCGUACACACAGAGAUAAAAUGUCUAAAGCAUCGGGAAAGGUAAAAAAAAAAUCUAUUUUUGUACAAAUGUAAUUUUAUCCCUCAUGUAUACUUGGAUGAUGGGGGCGGGGCCUAUUUUGUUUCUGCGUCUAGAGCGGAGGAGGCGCUUCCUCAGUGAAGAGUGGGGUGUCCCUGCCCCCUGCGCGGACGUCCCCCUCGGGCAGGGGCGGGGCGAGGUCUCCGGAGCCUGGCGCUGCCCUCCCCGCUGCCCUGCCGGACUCGGUCGGACUGUGCGCUUCCUUCCCCGCAGCCGCCGCGGCAGGUGCCGGGCAGGGACGAACAGCGGUGUCGGAUCGUGGAAAGAAACAGACACUGAGAGGAGAAACGAAAUACGAGCGUUUGAAAAUCCA